UUUAUUCCAGUCUCGGCGCUCAACUCCGGCGGGGCGGUACCGGGCGGGCGGACGGACGCUGCUGCCCGCACCCGGCGGCGGGGAAGGGGCUCCGAGCGCGGCGCGUCCCUCCUGCUGAUGCCCCCCCGUGCCCCACCGCCAGCCCGGCGGCCGCGGGAGGAUGCGGCUCUUCCUCCUCGCCGCUACUUUCUGCGGACUGUGUCUGGCUCCAGGUUUCGGUUUGCAAAUACAGUGCUACCAGUGUGAGGAGUUCCAGCUAAACAAUGACUGCUCCUCUCCAGAGUUCAUUGUGAAUUGUACCGUGAACGUGCAAGAUAUGUGUCAGAAAGAAGUAAUGGAGAAAAGUUUUGGAAUCAUGUAUCGCAAAUCCUGCGCAUCUUCAGCAGCGUGUCUGAUAGCUUCUGCUGGAUACCAGUCAUUCUGCUCUCCUGGGAAAGUGAACUCUGUGUGCAUCAGCUGCUGCAACACUCCGCUCUGCAACGGACCUCGGCCGAAGAAGAGGGGGAAUUCUGGUGCGGUGCCGAGGGCGCACAUGACAACCACCGCUCUGCUCCUUAAACUGUCUCUCUUGUUUUUGUAUUGCUAAACUUCAAGCAAGUUUCUUGUCCUGACACAAUUUGUU